UUUUUUUGACGAACCUGGACACAAAAAUCAUUGUAUACAGAAACUCUCAAAAUGAGACGCACAAGUCUAUUAGGUACCCUUCUUAUAGCAAACGUGCUCAUGGCAACACGUCUCUCCCUUACUUUCUCUCGUUCCAUUCCCCCAUUACUCCUAACCCGCACUUCUUGUUCCAUUUCAAACCUCAAACAAUUCCCCAAAUCCCAUCCUUGUCCUCUCUGGUCUUCCUCGUUCUCCUUCUGCCUCCAUAGACUCCACAAGUCUACUUCUCCUCUUCGCGCUUCUUCUUUUUCUUCUUCUCCCUUCAUGGCUGCUUCUUCACCCAACGGCGUCAUCGAAGACAACCCUCUUCUGCAAAACUUCGACUUCCCACCCUUCGAUGUCGUCGAGCCCAAGCACGUGCGGCCCGGAAUUCGCGCUCUCCUCGGCGAGCUGGAACGUGAAUUGGAAGAUCUGGAACGAAAUGUGGAACCGUCGUGGCCAAAGUUGGUGGAACCGUUGGAGAAGAUAGUUGAUCGGUUAUCUGUUGUUUGGGGCAUGGUCAAUCAUCUAAAGGCUGUUAAGGAUAGUUCUGAGUUACGUUCUGCUAUUGAAGAUGUGCAGGCAGAGAAGGUUAAGUUUCAGCUUAGACUGGGUCAAAGCAAGCCUAUUUAUAAUGCGUUCAAAGCCAUUCGAGAGUCUCCUGAUUGGCAGACACUUAGUGAUGCUCGUAAGCGCAUUGUUGAAAGCCAAAUAAAGGAGGCGGUUUUGAAUGGAGUUUCCCUUGAAGAUGAUAAAAGAGAAAGUUUUAACAAAAUUGAACAGGAACUGGAAAAGUUAUCACAAAAGUUUGGGGAGAAUGUUCUAGAUGCAACAAAGAAGUUUGAAAAACUAAUCACUGAUAAGAAGGAAAUUGAAGGAUUACCUGCUACUGCACUUGGGUUGGCUGCACAAAGUGCAGUAACCAAGGGGCAUGAAAAUGCCACUGCUGAGAAUGGGCCAUGGGUAAUUACAUUGGAUGCCCCUAGUUUUAUUGCUGUUAUGCAACAUGCUCGCGACCGAUCUUUGCGUGAGGAGAUAUAUCGUGCAUAUGUUUCACGGGCAUCUACUGGAGAUUUGGAUAAUACAGAAAUAAUAAAUCAAAUUUUAAAGCUAAGGUUGGAAAAGGCCAAACUUCUCAACUACAAUAACUAUGCUGAGGUUAGCAUGGCAACCAAAAUGGCAACUGUUGAUAAAGCCGAAGAACUUCUUGAAAAGCUUCGCAGAGCUUCCUGGGAUCCUGCAGUGCAAGAUAUUGAAGACCUUAAGGAAUUCUCCAAAAGUCAGGAUGCAUUAGAAGCUAGUGAUUUGACUCAUUGGGACAUUACCUUUUGGAGUGAGAGGCUACGCGAGUCAAAAUAUGAUAUUAAUGAGGUUUCUCUAUUGCACUAUCUCAGUUAUGGUUUAGAAAGACAAAAAAUAAAUAAAUUAAGAAUGUUAUAUUAGAGAAUUAAGAAAUAU